CCGGCGCCCGGCCCGGGCUGGCUCGGCGACCCCAGCGCCCAGACUGGCGGCCCAAGCACCGGAACCCGCCGAACACCAACAAGUAGUUUCUCGUUGGAGGAGGGCGGCUCGGCUGGGCGUUGGGACUGAGUCCGGCUGCCGGGAGAAGCUCGUCCACGCGGACACCAAAGCAGAGCCACUUUUAUCUCGGGCUCCUUAAGUCAUGUCUGAGCCACAGAGAUGGGCAAGAUCGAGAACAACGAGAGGGUGAUCCUCAACGUCGGGGGCACCCGGCACGAGACCUACCGCAGCACCCUGAAGACCCUGCCCGGGACGCGCCUGGCCCUGCUCGCCGCCUCCGAGCCCCCGGGCGACUGCCUGACGGCGGCGGGCGACCAGCUGCAGCCCGCGGCCCCGCCGCCCUCUCCGUCGCCGCGGCUGCCCGCGCUGUCCCCGGGGCCCGGGGGCUGCUUCGAGGGCGGCGCGGGCAACCGCAGCUCCCGCGGGGGCGGCCGCGAGUUCUUCUUCGACCGGCACCCGGGCGUCUUCGCCUACGUGCUCAACUACUACCGCACCGGCAAGCUGCACUGCCCCGCAGACGUGUGCGGGCCGCUCUUCGAGGAGGAGCUGGCCUUCUGGGGCAUCGACGAGACGGACGUGGAGCCCUGCUGCUGGAUGACCUACAGGCAGCACCGCGACGCCGAGGAGGCCCUGGACACCUUCGAGACCCCCGACCUCAUCGGCGGCGACCCCGGCGACGACGAGGACCUGGCGGCCAAGAGGCUGGGCAUCGAGGACACCGCGGGCCCCGGGGGCCCCGACGGCAAGUCUGGCCGCUGGAGGAGGCUGCAGCCCCGCAUGUGGGCGCUCUUCGAGGACCCCUACUCGUCCCGAGCCGCCAGGUUUAUUGCUUUUGCUUCUUUGUUCUUCAUACUGGUUUCAAUCACAACGUUUUGCCUGGAGACCCACGAAGCUUUCAACAUUGUUAAAAACAAGACAGAACCAGUCAUCAAUGGCACAAGUGUUGUUCUACAGUAUGAAAUUGAAACGGAUCCCGCCUUGACAUACGUCGAAGGAGUGUGCGUGGUGUGGUUUACUUUUGAGUUUUUAGUCCGUAUUGUUUUUUCUCCCAAUAAACUUGAAUUCAUCAAAAACCUCUUGAAUAUCAUUGACUUUGUGGCCAUCCUACCCUUCUACUUAGAGGUGGGACUCAGCGGGCUCUCGUCCAAAGCUGCUAAAGAUGUCCUUGGCUUCCUCAGGGUGGUAAGAUUUGUGCGGAUCCUGAGAAUCUUCAAGCUCACCCGCCACUUUGUAGGCCUGAGGGUGCUUGGGCACACUCUGCGAGCUAGUACUAAUGAAUUUUUGCUGCUGAUAAUCUUCCUGGCUCUGGGAGUUUUGAUAUUUGCUACUAUGAUCUACUAUGCCGAAAGAGUAGGCGCUCAACCUAAUGACCCUUCAGCUAGUGAGCAUACACAGUUCAAAAACAUUCCCAUUGGGUUCUGGUGGGCUGUGGUGACCAUGACCACACUGGGCUAUGGGGAUAUGUACCCCCAAACAUGGUCAGGAAUGCUGGUGGGAGCCCUGUGUGCUCUGGCUGGAGUGCUGACAAUAGCCAUGCCAGUGCCUGUCAUUGUCAACAACUUUGGAAUGUACUACUCCUUGGCAAUGGCAAAGCAGAAACUUCCACGAAAAAGAAAGAAGCACAUCCCUCCUGCCCCUCAGGCAAGCUCACCAACUUUUUGCAAGACGGAAUUAAAUAUGGCCUGCAAUAGCACACAGGGUGACCCAUGCCUGGGCAAAGACAAUCGACUUCUGGAACGUAGCAGAUCAGUGUUAUCAGGUGAUGACAGUUCGGGACGUGAGCCGUCAUUGUCACCCCCAGAAAGGCUCCCCAUCAGACGCUCUAGUACCAGAGACAAAAACAGAAGAGGGGAAACAUGUUUCCUACUGACAACAGGUGAUUACGCGUGUGCUUCUGAUGGAGGGAUCAGGAAAGGAGGACAAUUAUCACUUUUAGUCUUGGCCACGUAACUUAUAUUACUCUAGAUCCCUAAGUCCUAGAGCAUGACCUGCAUGUCAGAGAUCUUGUACAGCAAUGUAUUUACCCAGACGUACCCAUCUGAUGUUUAGAGAUUCAGUGAUCCUCUUGAUAACACCACACAUAGAAAGCUAUGACUAUUCAGAGCUCUAUGGUAAAGGAAUUAUAAUACUCUACUGUCUGGUGCUGCUGUUAUUGACUGCAGUGUUGUACAAAAUUUAUCAUGGACUUUUGACUGCUGAAAAAGGGCCAGUGGAAUUUAGCCAUAUCAAGGACUGUAUUGGAAACAGACUUCUACUGCUGAAUGUGCCCUGAUGUGACCAGGAUGCACUUGGAAGAAGUCCCCACGUCUUCAAGAAACAUUUAAAGCUCGUAAAAGGAUUGUGACUGGAACUCAUUUGGUGCUCUCCGUAUGAGUGGUUUGCCUGUGGACUGGCCGGUGUCCGUGAAACAAUUGUAAAUACCAACAUGUGUGCACGGUCAAUAAUUUUGGCCAUCUCACAUCAAAGGAAGCCAAAUUCAUGAUCCACAUCUCCAAAGCUUCAAGUAUGGCCCAUACCUCUGUGAACUACCGCUGGUGGGCCUGCGGGAGAUUGUGCUGGGAAUCAUACGGGCAGCGAUUUUGGUGUAGUAUCUAUUGGUCUGUCUUAAUUUCUCUUAUUUCCCCUUUGUUGGUUGGAUUCAUGAACAUUGUAUCAUUUUCUUAUAAAGCGCUUAUGGUAUCAGCUUUUCAUAUUAUGUUGUCAGAUUUCCAGUGCCUAUUUAUUAAAACUGACCUAGUUUUAGUCACGUAGUUGUUUAGUUCUAGAAAAUCACCAUGACAAAAAAACACACCAUUAUUCAUAGUUUGUCUUUUGUCAUUGUUACCUCAAUUAUAAAUAUUAUAGAAAAAUUCUGGCAAUGAGAGUAUUUUUUUACUAAAUGACCAAGGAACAAUGUCAGUAUAUAGUAGAAUAUUAAUCAAAUUAUAUCCUAAAUUGUAUAUUUUGCAUAAAAGAGAUAUUCUUCGAUGAAUUACUUUUUGGUGAGUUUUGUGGCAAAUGAAGCUUGUAUUAGUCUUUAAAACUGUUGUGGUUGAAACUGUGUAAGUAUUCUUCGUCUUGCUUAAUCAGUAUUUCUAGGCUCUAUUAGUUCCCCUGGGAUUCUGAAUAUAACAUAUAACCUAGUUAUGAACCCCUGUAUUGUGGACCUUUUGUGAAAAGUUCAAGGUGCAUGCCCAACCUUGGUGAUAACUGUGGAAAUGUAACUCACUGAAAUGGAGAAUAAAAGACACCUGAG